GAAAGGAGGCCGGUAUAAAUAGGUGGGGUCCUCAUACCACAUCAGGCAAAGAAAGAGAAGAGGAGCAGGUGCCGAAGGCACACUAAGGUUUUCCCUUGCAGCGUGAGGACAAUGUGGCUGUCCCUGCUUGUGUAUCAGCUUGCCUUGCUUGUCCUUCAUGGAGAGGCCCAGAACAUAUGCAGCUCUAAGGCCACGUUCCGAGAGCCAGAGAACUCUGAUAUCUCUGUAGUGUGUGGUACCAAGAGGAUGGAACUCCAGAUCCUGCUCUGUCCCGUGUACUAUGGAGGAUACAACGAGUCUCUGAUGGCACUCAACGCUAAGUACAACAACCCCAGCUGCUAUGGCACCCCUGAUCUAAAUGCAGACCCUCCUGUGCUGAAGUUCAACUUCUCCAUCACCGAGCAGGCUGUGUCUCAGUGCUCUAACAGACUCACGAUUACUCAAGAACGGGGUUCCGGAGUCUUCUCAGAUUACUCCAACAUUCAGUUUGUCAACAUCUCAGGGAUUGUCAACUCCCUGGACCCCAGUGCCGGCACCAUUACCUACCGUAAAGAGAUGAUGUAUCUGUUCUCUUGCCGCUACCCAUUGCAGUACCUGGUGAACAACACAGAAUUGAGUGUAUCGGGCGUGAGCCUGGCAAUCAAGGACAACAAUGGAAGUUUCAUCAGUACUCUAAGCAUGCGCCUGUUUCGGGAUGCUGAAUACUCAUCCCAGCUCCAGGUUCCAGACGGCGGCCUUUCACUGAAAACACGAAUCUUUGUGGAAGUUCAGGCUACAAAUCUCACUGAAAGGUUUAAUGUGCUGCUGGAUCGAUGCUAUGCCACAACUAGCCCUUAUCCAAUCAACAGCACUUACUAUGACCUCUUUGUUGGGUGUACUCGCGAUGGGCAGACAGUGAUAAGACAGAACGGUGAUACGCAGAAAGCACGGUUCUCCUUCGAGGCCUUCCGUUUUGUGGAGCAUAAGAACAAGACUGUCUCGACCUUCUACCUGCACUGUGAGACUAGGCUCUGUGAGAAGACAUACUGCAGCUCUUUGCAACAGAACUGUUCGAGCAACUCGAGGAGGAAGAGGGAGGUCAUGUCUGCUCAGGGCACCUCAGUGAGCGACACGGCCACAGUCACCUCUGGCCCCAUCAUCACUAAACUCGAUACUGAUGAAAUGGCUGUAGGACACGUGUCUGAAGAUUCUGAUCCGUCCCAUCAAGAGAGCCCAGUACUGGGAGUAGCCGUAGCAGCAGCGGUGAUUGCAGUCAUGAGUAUGGCCACGUUGGGAGCUGUUUUCUACUGGGUCCGUCUCACUAAGAAGACCAAGGACGACCUGCUGCCUCUGAGGGCCAACAUAGGGGGCUGAAUCCACAGA